CGCUGGGGGUGGGAAUUCGAAAGUAUAAAAAGAAAAUGUGCAUGGUGUAUCUUCACUAGACCAAAGUCUACAGCAAUGUUCUCCUUCAAGAGCCUUAUCGUCGCCGUCGUCCUUGUCGCUGCAGCAUCCGCCGCAGAAGAUGUUAGGGUGAAAAAGGGCGUUGCAGGAUACACAGGUUUAGGUUAUGGUGGUUAUGGCGGGUACAGUGGUCUUGGACAAUUGGGAUACAGCAACCUAGGUUAUUCAGGAUACGGUGGCUACGCACACCCAGGAUAUGCAGGUUACAGCAGUGCCGCUUACGGAGCUUACCCAAGUGCCUACUAUGGAGGAUAUAGCCACCCAACUUCUUACUACGGUGGAUAUGGAUACCCAGGAAGUUACUAUGGAGGACAUGGUUACCCUGUAAGCAACUACGGAGGAUACGGGCAUUACUGAAACAACGGACUACCGGUGCUAAACAUGAGUUAUUUUUUUUAGAUACAUUGUAUUAACUUUAAAAAAUUAAUAAACCUUUUCAAAAUAAA